ACUCUCUCCGUUGUUCGCUGCUUCCGACUUUUCAUGGUUUUCCCCUUCAAAUGGAGCAAACCCAUGGCUCGCUACCUGCAGCUCCGCCGCCACCUCUCAGCCGCGGCCGCCGCGACCUGGGCGCCGCUUCCCGUGAGAUCUGUCCACCGGGCGCUCGACAAGAGCGCGCACAGCGCCCGUAUCCGGGAGCUUGCCCGACUUGGCCGCCUGCGGGAGGCCAGGGAGGUGUUCGACGCGAUGCCGCACCGCGACAUCAUCGCCUGGAACUCCAUGAUUUCUGCCUACUGCAACAGCGGAAUGCUGGAAGACGCGAGGAUCCUCUUCGACGCUAUCUCCGGAGGGAAUGUGCGUACAGCCACCAUCCUGCUAUCAGGCUACGCUCGCCUCGGCCGCGUGCUUGAUGCUCGCAGGGUGUUUGAUGGAAUGCCCGAGCGGAACACCGUGGCGUGGAACGCCAUGGUCAGCUGCUAUGUCCAGAACGGUGACAUCACCAUGGCGCGCAGGCUGUUUGAUGCAAUGCCGAGCAGGGAUGUCACAUCAUGGAACUCGAUGGUUACUGGGUAUUGCCAUAGUCGACAGAUGGUGGAUGCGUGGAAUCUGUUUAAACAAAUGCCUCAGCGCAACUUGGUUACUUGGACGGUGAUGAUUUCUGGUUAUGUUAGAAUUGAGCAGCAUGGCAAAGGUUGGGACAUCUUUCGCAUGAUGCACCAUGAAGGUGCAUCACCAGACCAGUCAAACUUUGCCUCCGUGCUUUCAGCUGUGACGGGUCUCCAGGAUCUUGGUGUUCUAGAGGUCCUCCGCCCUCUAGUCCUUAAGACAGGCUUUGAGAGUGAUGUGGUCAUUGGCACAUCGAUACUAAAUGUGUAUACUCGGGAUGCAAGUGCGCUCGACAUUGCAAUAAAAUUCUUUGAUGGUAUGGUAGAGAGGAAUGAGUAUACAUGGUCAACCAUGAUUGCUGCACUAUCUCACGGUGGCCGAAUUGAUGCUGCUAUUGCAGUCUACGGAAGAGACCCUGUCAAGUCCAUUCCAUCUCAGACUGCACUUCUCACAGGCCUAGCUCGAUGUGGCAGGAUUACUGAGGCAAGGAUUUUAUUUGAGCAGAUUCCUGAUCCUAUUGUUGUGUCCUGGAACGCCAUGAUUACUGGGUAUAUGCAGAAUGGAAUGGUUGAUGAGGCAAAGGAGCUGUUUGAUAGGAUGCCUUUUAGGAACACAAUAUCCUGGGCUGGGAUGAUUGCGGGGUAUGCACAGAACGGAAGGAGUGAAGAGGCUUUGGAUUUACUCCAAGCGCUCCAUAGGAACGGGAUGUUACCCAGCCUAUCUAGUUUGACUAGUAGCUUCCUUGCCUGUUCACAUAUUGGAGCUCUUGAGACAGGAAGACAAGUGCAUUCACUUGCUGUCAAGGCCGGCUGCCAAUUCAAUAGUUAUGUAUGUAAUGCUCUCAUUUCUAUGUAUGGAAAGUGCAGAAACAUGGAGUAUGUGAGACAAGUUUUUAAUCGAAUGAGAGUUAAAGACACUGUGUCAUGGAACUCCUUUAUUGCUGCACUUGUACAAAAUAAUAUGCUGGAGGAUGCAAGACAUAUAUUUGACAAUAUGCUCAGUCGGGAUGUUGUCUCUUGGACUACGAUAAUAUCUGCCUAUGCACAGGCUGAGAGAGGGGAUGAGGCAGUGGAGUUUUUCAAAACAAUGUUACAUGAGCAUGAAAAACCAAAUUCACCAAUAUUAACUAUACUUCUCAGUGUUUGUGGAGGUCUAGGUUCUGCUAAGCUUGGGCAGCAAAUACAUACAGUAGCUAUUAAACAUGGAAUGGAUUCAGAACUUAUAGUGGCUAAUGCUCUCAUGUCGAUGUAUUUCAAGUGUGGUUGUGCUGAUUCUCAUAAGGUUUUUGAUUCAAUGGAGGAACGGGACAUAUUUACAUGGAAUACCUUCAUUACAGGUUGUGCACAGCAUGGCCUUGGAAGAGAAGCUAUCAAGAUGUAUGAGCAUAUGGAAUCUGUAGGGGUGUUGCCAAAUGAGGUCACUUUUGUGGGGCUUUUAAAUGCAUGCAGCCAUGCGGGUUUGGUAGAUGAAGGUUGGCAAUUUUUCAAGUCAAUGAGCAGGGAUUAUGGGCUAACUCCUCUGCUGGAACACUAUGCUUGCAUGGUGGAUCUACUUGGCCGAACUGGUGAUGUGCAAGGAGCUGAGAAAUUUAUUUAUGAUAUGCCUAUUGAGCCAGAUACAGUGAUUUGGAGUGCUCUUCUUGGGGCAUGCAAGAUUCACAAGAAUGCGGAAAUUGGUAGAAGAGCUGCUGAGAAACUCUUCACUACUGAGCCAUCAAAUGCUGGCAACUAUGUCAUGUUGUCAAAUAUAUAUUCUUCUCUUGGGAUGUGGGUGGAAGUUGCAGAGCUCCGGAAAAUUAUGAAACAAAGAGGUGUGUCAAAAGAGCCUGGCUGUAGCUGGAUGCAGAUAAGGAACAAAGUGCACUCAUUUGUCACUGGAGAUAAACAACAUGAGAAAAUCGAAGAGAUAGAUUAUACUCUCCAGGAUUUGUACACUUUGUUAAGGGGUACAGGCUAUGUUCCUGACACUGAAUUUGUUCUCCAUGACAUCGAUGAAGAGCAGAAGGAAAGUUCCCUUUUGUACCACAGUGAGAAGCUUGCUGUUGCUUAUGGCCUUCUUGUUACGCCCAAGGGCAUGCCUAUACAGAUAAUGAAGAACCUUAGGAUAUGUGGUGACUGUCACACUUUCAUCAAGUUUGUAUCCCAUGUCACCAAGAGAGAUAUUGACAUUAGGGAUGGAAAUCGGUUUCAUCAUUUUAGGAACGGGAGUUGUUCAUGUGGUGACUUUUGGUGAUACAUUAUUUUGAUUUAUUUCUGAAAGCAGAUACAUUGAUGACUCUUCACAAGUUUUUGUUCCGUUAGAGAACAUAAAGCAAACAAUAGUAUAUUGACUAACUGCGUUACCAUGCUGUGGCCUGCCGUGGGUUCUUGGAUGCAACAGUAAGAUGGUGAACUGUUUGUUAACCCUGGAAGUGCAUGGAUCGGCAUCUGGCGAGUCUAUGAAGUAUAUAUGGUUAUUCAGUUUGCUUUUGGUAAUUAUCAAUCUAUAUUCAACAUCAACCUUUUUUUUAAUCAUUUUGCAAAGAAGCUUAACAAGAAACAGGGGAGGAGGGAUAGGUGCAGCUGAAAGCCUUCAAAAACACCUGAAUGCUCAUACAAGAGCACCUAUCGAUGCAUAUCAACUGUAUGCAGGUAAGCUGACACUAGCGGCCUUUAUGUCAAUGCUAAUGGAAACGCUGAGCUAUUUCCUAUGUCCACCUAGUGUCCAUCUUCUGUUCUGUUAACGAGCUUGGUUGUCUCCAAAUGACUCCAACAGUGAGUUAUGGCGGCAGCCAACCGCAACAGACACAACCUAUCACAAAGCUGAGUGUUCCAGUGCCAGGUGUCUCUGCUGGAGUACCAAAUUCUGCUUCUCAAUCGCCAAAAGUUAAUCAAUUUGGCAUCCAGAAGUACACUAAAGUCUUUGGAAACGUGGAUGACCAAGGUGGCAAAAAUAACUGGCGCUAGAGCUCGCACUGUGUUUCUCAGUUGGGAACUUCCAAGAGAUGUACUGAAACAAGUGUGGGACUUAUCUGACCAACAUAAUGAUGGCAUGCUUUCUCUGAGAGAGUUUUGCAUUGUUCCUUAUUUGAUGGAGAGGCAUCGAACUGGAACUCCUCUGCCUUGAGUGGUCCUUGACUCUUAGAUAUGAUGAGGCACUGUUAGGAGCAACAGGCUUGCCUUCAACAGCAUACAAAGCCCCAUCAUGGAAGCAGGAUCAAGGAUUACCGCAGUUAAACUAUGUAACUGGGUUGCCUACUAGUGGUGUACGGCCGCCCUUGCCAUCACAUUUACACUCACAGACUCAUGGGGCUGCAAGAUCUCACAUGCCUUUAAUGGAUAAUCACGCAGCAGCACAAGGAAGCAGAAGUGGGGUAAACAGUAAACACAGCUGCACACGAGGUAACUGAUGCCCCUAAGAAGGUAUUGGACUCCUUCCUUAAAUCUCAAUGUCUGUGCUGAUCAUUUACCAGACUGGAUUUAUGGUGUUCAGCACCAGUUGAUGUACAUUUAGAAUAAUUUAAUUUGCUCUUAUUAUUCAUUUAUUUAUGCAAGUACAGCUGAAUAAUGUAUCCACAUUAUGAAUACAUGGUUUAACAAUGACUUUGUUACA